UAUUAUUAUCAUAUUUUAUAACACUAGCGUGUCUACACCUUCUGUGAUACAUGGUACAAUAAAAAAAUCGUACAAGUACCUAUAUAUAUAGCCGGCAACUGCGAAAUUCUGCGCAAUCCUCCGACCGUAACUAAAUCAAAAUGCGUUGGUUAUGGACAUUGCUCUGCCUGUCGGUCCUGCAAGCUGCUAGAUCGGAAGACUACGCCAACAACACAUCCAUACAACUGUUCCAACAAUAUGUACAGAUCAACACCACCACUAACAAUGAUCUAACGCCUGCGGUAGAGUUUUGGACUACGCAAGCAGCAGAUGCGGGUGUGGAGAUGACAGUACUCAACUUCACCGAAGGAUACCCCGUCAUAGUGCUGAAGUGGCCCGGUACCAACUCCUCCCUCAGCAGCAUCAUGCUCAACUCCCACAUGGAUGUGGUGCCUGCUAGUGAAUCCGAUGGCUGGACCUACCCUCCGUUCUCCGCAUAUUUGGACGACGAGGGCGUCAUCUGGGGCCGAGGCACUCAGGAUAUGAAAUCCGUCUCUAUACAAUACCUGGAGGCUCUCAAAAAGCUGAAAGCCGACAAUGUCACUCUGCUUAGGGAUGUUUACAUGACUCUUAUGCCUGACGAAGAGACGGGUGCUGCCAAUGGAAUGCAACUUUUCGUGAAAAGCGACGAGUUUGCCGCGAUGAAUGUCGGACUGGAGCUCGAUGAGGGAACAUCUUAUGCUCUGCCCUACGGCGCUAUCUUCUACCAGGAUAAGUCGCCAUGGCAAAUCCAAAUAGAUUGCUAUGGAACCUCGACCCACAGUUCACAGUUCCCGGCCACUAACAACACUGCUACUGGCAUGUGCCGCAAUGUGAUCAACAAGUUCUUAGAGUUCAGAGACGCGGAGUACGUCAAAUAUCAGGCUGUAGGAAUUUUGAACGCCGGGAACUACACCUCAGUCAACCUCAACAAACUUAACGGUGGCACGGCCAACAACAUCAUUCCGAGCCACGUGAGUCUCGUGUUCGACAUCCGGCUGAACAUCACCAUCAACGAAACCUUAUUUGAAGCUCAGCUGAACGAAUGGAUCACGGAAGCGGCGGCAGGCGGCAACGUCACGCUGACAUUCCUUCAGAAGGAUGCGCAGACGCCGGCUACAGUCAUCACUGCAGACAACCCUUACUACACCACCUUCGUCAGCGUGUGCCAGCAACAGAACCUGACAGUGGUCCCCCUGGUACCUCCAGGCGCGACAGAUGCCCGCUACAUCCGCGCGGCCGGCUACCCAGCCUUCGGGUUCUCCCCCAUGCCGAACACCGAGCUCCUUCUGCACUCGCCGAACGAGCGACUCAACGCUACCACAUUCCUCACAGGCAUCGACAUCUAUAUAGCCCUCAUUAAGAACCUCGCCAACUUAAGCGGAGAUGAAAUAUCUGCUGACCCCAGCUCGUAUAUUGUUAAAACUGCUGGGUAAUAAGUAUCACAUCAACAACAUUUUAUCAAUGAAUUAAUAACUUUUAACACAUCAAGGACAAGUUACGAAACUAGCCGGUUGAGACAAUAGCAUAGAGUGCCUAAAACGGGCCAUCUGCGGAUCCUUUUAACCUUCUUAUAUUGCCUAGUAGGUACUUACUCUAUAUUUUUCUUAUACGCUCAUAAUUAGACUUUUUAAUGAAAUUUUUCUGAACUUUUGUACAGUAAUACAUAGUAGUGCCUACUGUAAUAUUACUUGUAAGCUUUCGUUGUGAAUUGUAUUAGGAUUACUGUAUUAAAAAUUGAUUUUGAAAAAAUAUAUUGAAAUAAAGCAUGCUUAUUAGCGUACCUACUUGGUGCUUGAAAAUUGA